UAUCAAACAAAAUUACGGCGGGCCCUUAAAAGUUAAAACCAAAUCGAUGAGUCUGGAGCAGCAAUCGACUGUAAUCUUAGGAGGCGUCUGUGUGUAGACAGUUAGGGUGGUGGUCGGAAAGUUGAACCGGGCGUUUCUGUAAUCUUUACACUCAGUCAACUGCAUUCAAAUCCAGAUUGAGGAGGAAGCAAAUGGGUAAUGCUCCAUCAACGCUUACCCAAUAUGAUAUUGAAGAAGUUCAAGAACAUUGCAAUAAAUUAUUCAAUCAGCAAGAGAUAGUUUCUUUGUAUCAAAGAUUUUGUCAACUUGAUCGGACUGCAAAGGGUUUUAUUUCAUCUGAUGAGUUUAUGUCUGUGCCGGAGUUCGCGAUGAACCCUUUAGCUCAGAGGUUGCUGAAGAUGGUUGAUGGUUUAAAUUUUAAGGAUUUUGUUGCAUUCUUAUCUGCAUUUAGUGCCAAAGCAAGCAUUGAGCAGAAAGCUGCCCUUAUUUUCAGGGUUUAUGACUCGGAUGGCAAUGGGAAGGUGACUUUCAAUGACAUCAUAGAAGUGCUCAGUGAUAUGACUGGUUCAUUCAUGACUGCUGAGCAAAGAGAGGCGGUGUUGACGCAAUUAUUGCAGGAAGCUGGCUACACAAGGGACUCUUAUUUGAUGCUAGAUGAUUUUGUGAAGAUUUUUGCAAAUUCAGACAUGAAGAUGGAUGUAGAGAUUCCUGUCGAUUAAGCAUGCACUUGAAAGGAAGCACUUGUUAAUAAUCAGAAACAGAUGUUGCUGGAAUGUGUUGUGGAGCAACCGUGAACUGUAUAUUGAUAUGGACACACUUUAUCAUGCAAACAGCAAACGGAUAAGCAGCCAAUCUGUGUUUCUGAUUAGUUGCUAUGUUGAUUCGGGUUUUAGAUUUUAUUUUCUUUUAUUUUAAAAAAAAAAUUAUUGUGUAGCUGUCAAUUUCUUUUUUCUAGUGUGAAAGGCGUCAUAACGUCAUUAGUUAUUUGCUAACAGCCUUCAGGGCAAUAUCUUCAUAGCAUACACUGGGGUACAUGCACAUUCAACUAUUUCCGUCUUUAGAUUAUCGAUUAUACAUAGACAGAUCUAUUUAUUCCAAGGGU